AUGAUUUGGUGGACGCGUCGACGACUUUACCACCACCGUCGUCGUCAUCGACCCGUCUGGGGCCUGGUUCUUAACGAUCUGCAGUCGUUCCUCUGGCGGUAUGACCGGUGUCCAACUAUCGGAUGUGCAGGAUCUGGUGACCAUUGUCCUGCUGUAAGCGAUUUCAAACUCUUUCUCGACGAUGAUCAUUUCCGGGACCUGCGUCGAGAGGCUGAAGCUCCUCCCCACCUCCAAAUCACGAGCGCUGUGCUGGAGUUUGCUUCGCGAACCUGUCGACCUUGGCGAAGGCGGGAGAACUGGCGAGGUUACUGGGGUGGAAAAAUGGUCUGGGAAACGGUGAUCGACCAAGGGUUGAAGUGCCGGAAUGCAUGCCGCGAUUACGACAACGUCGGCUUCGAGGCUGUAAUCAAUCAUUACCAAACGUGUCUAUGA